GAGAAUAAUAUUCCCACCCUUUUGAAACAACCUUUGAUUUCAAAUGACGUUAUUUUCGGAUGCUCCAUCCAAACCGUUACGCUCCGUUUGUCAAAACUGUUUUUACAUGAAUACUGAAUGCGAGAAUGGUGGGAACCGAAGUCGGAACAUUGUUGACGAUUUUUUCUGCAACUAGCAAAUUGUACUGUUAAAUAGUUGAAAUUAUCGAUUUAAUACAUGGUUAUGAAUGAAUUAUGUUAUGAAUUGUGAUAAGCUUCAUACAAAGCUUGAUAAAAAAUGGUACGAACAGCAUAUACUACGUCUAUUCGUAUCGUUAGUGUAGAUCACUACAUGCAUAAGCCGGAACCAAAGUUCGAUACAUGUUAUGCAGAGUUUAAAGGAUGUGAUGUGAAACAGGUACCUGUUUUACGUUUGUUUGGUUCAACCUCCGAUGGAACGCAUAGUUGUGUGCAUAUACACGGAGUGUUUCCAUAUCUGUACGUUCCGUACGACGGUAGCACCACCGAUUCGUUAGCCGUUGAUCGAUUGAUGUACCAACUAGCCAGUAGUUUGGACAAGGCAAUCAAUGUGUCCCUGGGAAAUGCCAACUCGACAGCUUCGCACGUAUUCAGGAUUGCGUUAGUGAAAGGGCUGCCAAUUUAUGGAUAUCACAGGAAGGAACAUCAUUUUCUUAAGAUCUAUCUUUACAACCCACACCUUAUUAGGAAGGCUACCAAUUUGUUGAUGAAUGGUGUUAUUUUGUCACGAGUAUUUCAAACCUUUGAAACGCAUAUUCCGUAUGUUCUGCAGUUUUUCAUUGAUUAUAAUUUAUACGGGAUGAGUUUCCUGAAUGUAUCUUCGUGUGCUAUACAUGAACGAACUGGUAGCGACAGUGGAUUACAGAAAAUGUCUACUUCGGAAUAUGAAAUAGAUAUUCUGGCAACUGACAUUCUCAACCGAAGCUCUCUGGAAGAGGAAAAACGAUCCGAAUACGCUAAUCCUGGAAUCGCAUCCAUUUGGAAUGACGAACAAGCAAGACGAAACAUUCUGGGCAUGGAUCAACCAGAGGCUAUCAGUUUGACACAAAGUGGAAAUGUUGAAAUUAUUACAGAUAGCGAUCAGUUUUACCGAAAUAUUUUGUCUUCCAAACUUGUCAGUGAUGAAACGCUUCCCAGUACAGAUGAAACGUUUUCGGACAAUGAGAAAAGGACCAAACCACCAGUUUCGUUCUAUCCUUCGGAGGUUACCGAUAAAGAGCAACUCUUAGACGCUUCGUGUGUUCAAGAUCACAAAACAUUCUCCUUGCAUGGAUCAACGAGUUCGUAUGAUUUCACGUUUAGUCAGAUAGACGAAGAACGAAUUACGGAUAUGUCCCAGAAUCCAGAUGCUACUUUCGCAGAGGAAGACCACGAACUGCUGGAUAUUAUGAAGGAGCUAGAGGAAAACGAAACUAAUCAAUUUGAGGACGACAGCCUAUUGGCGCCACUUACACAAAAUAGUCGAUCAAUCAUUGCCUCCGGUGUCACACUAGGUUUGUCACAAUCGAGUUGUAAGAAAUUGAAUGCAACCUUAAGUGGUGAUAUCGAAAAAGUUUCGCCAGCCCAACCAGAGAAAAAUGAACUCAAUCAAAGCGAACAACCAGCAACGGAAGACGACACACUGGAUUCAGAUGAUGAGUUCCUGUUGGAUUAUACAACCAAGUUGAAUAUGUCUGAAGCAGGGUAUGUUCAAAGCGGAAACCCGAUAAAUGCUCUCCUUGACGACAACGAAGAUGAUUUCCUUGUCGCAGGUACCAUUCCACAAUUGGAUGGAGCGCACAAUGAUGUUUCGUGUGUUUCGACGAAGCGAACUCGAACAAAUGGAGCCAUGGUUGUAAACACGAAUGGCGUUUCGGUAAAUGGCCACGGGCCACUCUCGAAACGGAUCAGAUAUUCAAGAGAGCCUAACAAAACGGCUGGGUUCCAGUCUGCAAAGAGGUCUCUUUCAAACGGACCUUUCGCGGAAGCUCAUUUAUCAGAAACUAGAAAGAAAGUCAAAACAGAACAAAUUCCUUCCUGCAUGCAUAAUGGAUUCGCCCCAAAAAAGCCAGAAAAACCUCUCAAACUGAAGGAAUUGAAAGUUCGAUUGUCCAAAAUUGAUUUAUCUAGUUAUCGGCUUCCUCCGAAAGAGUCGUCAAUCAAAGAACUUCAACGAGAUCUUUCCCCCUACGAUGAGUUUCGCUUAGCACGCGAGUACGACCUGAUGAACAAUUGGGAUCCUCAGGAGGGGUUAUCCUGCGGUACUCGGAAACGCGGUCGUGGUCGACCAAAACGUGCAAAAACUCUGCAAAAGAAAAUAAAAAAGUCUUCUCCCGAGCCCGAAAUUGAGCCGGAAAUCGACAUCGUUCUAUCUCAAAAAUUUCAAAACAUUAUUAAACUUUCUCCUAAAGUACUUCUGAAGCCACUCAGUCAACGAGAAAUGACCAAUCUAAGAGAUAAACCGAGAAAAUCACUAGAACCAACGUUCAUUUCUAGUGGUUCGGAUGUUAUUAUCAUCAGUGACGAAGAAUCACGUUCGUCCGGAUGUCACAAAGUGUCAGAACUUCCAGAGAUCCGAAUGGAAACCGACCUGGAUGUUAAUUCGAAACUACCCGUCUCUCAUCAGAUUCAUUCGGAAGAAAUCCCUCAAUCGAAUUGUACAAGCAAUGAUAAUACUGACAACGAUAGUGAUCUCAAUAUUCAGAGUUUCUACGAAAAUACAUUAGUUUUUGAUGAUUUUGAUCAAAUCGGGUCAUCGUCCGAUGAUAGCAUGAUAAAUAAUGGAUUGACGACAACCGCCGGAAGUGACCAAACAAUUGUAAUUACCCUGCAAGAGAAACCACCACCCUUCGGCGAUGCUUUGAAGGCGUUGCAAGACUUCGUGAUACCAAAAAUUGUGAAUCAAGAACCAUUCUACGGAAAUCCGGCUGACGUAACUGGCAAAAAAGAAAUAGGCCACGUUGUGCUAAGUAUCGGUGGCAAAAGUUUGAGUGAUUUAGAAGAAUUCAGAAGCGUCGUCGAUGGACUUGGCUCUAUCAAUCAGAUUCGUUAUGAGAAAUUGCGAUCAAUUUACGGUGAAAGCUUAGAUCAAAUUUUGGGAGAAACAUCUUCACGCCCGUGCGGUGGUAGACUUAAGGAACUGGUGGCCUCCGAUCGACCGGUUGUGAUUCAUCUUGCCGCUAAACCACCCUCCAAGCAUGAUGCCAAAGUUUGGCUCAAAGCCGUUGCUGCUAUCCAAAAAACGGAUACCAUGACCGUGGAACAGGACAGUCCUAUCAAAGUGAAAAAGAUGGGAGCAAUCAUGGCAGCAGAUUCUGCCCAGGACACCCCAAACCGAUCACAAAGAAAAAUCGACCAUGAAAGCAAUCUCAAUCUAAGCUCGCUCAUCACCGAUAACAAUCAGGUUGAUUGCAGUGCAAGAAAGUCACUGGUAUCAAGAAUUUUCUCGAUGAACACCGUGACGUCUCCGGGAGUGUUCGAUGUAGGUUCACCAGUGGCUGAUAAUUCUUCUGGUAACACAGAUCGCUUGGAACUGAUGAAUUAUAGUGCUAGAAGAAAACGGCUCAGGGGUUUGAGAACUAGGCUUUCUCUGAGUGUUGUCUCCAAGCGUUUGAAAAGUGUAAAAGCAGAUAGUGAAUCUGCCGUUGCAGUCGAAGAAAACAGCGAAGAUGGGACCUCCUGCGUGGAAAACUCGUUCGUCGAAGAAGGAAUGGACAUUGUCAAUUCAUCACAGAUGUUGUCCACAAGUCAAAAAUCGGAAAAUUCUAGUUGUAAAGAGUCGGAUCAAACAACGCUUCCACAUAGCGCAGAAGUAACACUGAUGAAACAACGAUUACUGGCGGAGUCACCAUUCAGCUCGGGAUGCUUAAAUCAAUCGAACAACAGUGACAAUAUUUCAGCCACUACGCAGCACAACAAUACCUAUGGUUUCAAGGUUAACUUCGAAAACCUCCAGAAAGCCAAGGCUACGUGCGAGUAUAACUACCUGACGAUCAUGUCGGUGGAAAUUCACGUUCAAACGCGUGGUGAUCUGCGUCCGAAUCCGGAGACGGAUCCCAUAACGGGCUUGUUCUAUCGUAUUCACAACGACGUUCCCGAAGAUCACCGGAGAGCACCGUCCGUGUGUGGAAUAAUUUUGAAGCCUGAGCUCGAUGGAAGUGGUGCUGACGGCAAAGGUCCUUCGUUCAAGUACAACCAAUGCAGCUAUGCGGCCGACGUGGUGUCGGUCAAAAAUGAGCGAGAGCUGUAUGAAAAGUUUCUAAUGUUGAUAUCGUUCUGGGAUCCGGAUAUAUUUACUGGAUACGAGAUCGAGCAAGCUUCCUGGGGCUACAUUAUUCAGCGAGGGUACGUCCUGGAGAUGAACCUGAUGAAAAUGCUUUCAAGGGUACCCACAGCGGAAAAGGUACACGUAUCGGAAGAGGAAGAACAGGACUUGCUAGAGAUGCAUGAGUACAGUGCGGGACUGAAAAUUCCUGGUAGAAUUCUGUUGGACAUUUGGCGUCUGAUGAGACACGAAAUUGCCUUAACAUCUUACAGCUUUGAAAACGUUAUGUAUCAUAUCAUGCAUCGAAGAGUUCCCCGGCAUUCUUACAAACAUCUCACGAGACUGUGGAACAAACCGUACUCCAAAUGGAUUGUAUACGAAUAUUAUCUGGAACGGGUGAACGGGAACUUGGAACUCCUCCAACAGCUGGAUCUGAUUGGAAGAACUGCAGAGUUGGCCAAACUUUUCGGAAUCCAGUUCUAUGAGGUUUUGUCUCGAGGAUCACAAUUUCGAGUUGAAAGUAUGAUGAUGAGAAUAGCUAAACCCAGAAAUUUCGUAUCUCUAUCUCCUAGCAUCCAACAACGUGCACAUAUGCAUGCACCGGAGUAUUUACCAUUGAUAUUGGAGCCCAAUUCACGAUUCUAUGCGGAUCCGCUUAUAGUGCUGGACUUCCAAAGUCUCUAUCCCAGUAUGAUCAUAGCCUACAACUAUUGUUUCUCGACAUGCCUUGGACGGGUGGAACAUUUAGGAAAAGCUGAGCCUUUCGAAUUUGGGGCGUCUCAGCUGCGACUUCCCAGGAAACUUCUUCAGACACUACUCGAGAAAAAUCUGAUCACAUUUUCUCCCUGUGGUGUUGCGUUCGCCAAAUCUUCAGUCCGGGAAGGAAUCCUUCCUCGAAUGUUGAACGAAAUCUUGGCGACACGAUUGAUGGUGAAAGCGUCCAUGAAACUGCACAAAGACAACAGUAUCCUUCAACGGGUUCUGCACUCUCGACAGCUCGGGUUGAAACUCAUUGCCAAUGUCACGUACGGUUAUACCGCCGCCAACUUCAGUGGUCGAAUGCCGUGCGUGGAAGUCGGUGACAGUGUCGUCAGUAAGGGACGCGAAACGUUGGAAAGAGCUAUCAAAAUGGUGGAAAGUUCACCGAAAUGGGGUGUCAAAGUGGUUUACGGUGACACUGAUUCACUGUUCGUGUUGUGUCCUGGUAGGACAAAGGAGGAGGCAUUCAAGAUUGGCGAAGAAAUAGCCAAUGCAGUAACGAAGGACAAUCCACCACCAGUGAAAUUAAAACUGGAGAAAGUGUAUCAACCAUGUAUUUUGCAGACAAAGAAACGGUAUGUGGGUUACAUGUACGAAAGUGCGGAUCAGGAUAAACCCGUUUACGAAGCUAAAGGAAUUGAGACUGUUCGUCGCGACGGUUGCCCGGUUGUCGGUAAAAUGCUCGAGAAAGUUCUGCGUAUUCUGUUCGAAACGCGAGAUGUUUCGAAAGUAAAACAAUACACGUGUCGUCAGUUUACGAAAAUUCUGGAAGGACGUGUUAACCUGCAGGAUUUUAUUUUUGCUAAAGAAUUUCGUGGCGAAAACGGCUACAAACCGGGAGCAUGUGUACCAGCUUUGGAGCUCACACGACGCUGGAAGCUGGUAGAUCCACGACGAGAACCACGUCGAGGUGAACGGGUGCCGUAUGUUAUUAGCAGUGGUCCUCCGUUGGUUCCACUAAUUCGACUAGUCAGAAGUCCGGACGAGCUGCUUGUCGAUAGCGGACUUAAAAUAAAUGCAAACUAUUACAUAUCUAAAGCAAUAAUUCCGCCCCUAAACCGUUGUCUGUUGCUGCUUGGGGCAGACGUCAAUCAGUGGUACAACGAUCUUCCACGGAAAUUUCUUAUACUGCACAACACAGCUGGGAAGGGUUCAUCGCUUGCUAAUGAAUUGCAAGUGCCGAAAAAGAGUACAAUUUCGCAGUACUUCUCGACCACCAGUUGUGUGGCUGAUUGUGGCAAUCAAACGCACCGUGGGGUAUGUAACCAAUGCCUGCGGAAGCCUCAGCACACGGUUGGAUACGUGGCAGAUAAAAUAAACCGUUUGGAACGUCGUGUCGAACUCAGCGAAAAGAUGUGUAAAUCCUGCUGUCAACGGACGUUCGAAACGGCAUGCGCUUCCCUCGACUGCCCGGUACUGUUCGUACUGAACCGACAGAACCGAGAGUACGCCCAAGUUCAGUAUUACCGGGAUCUAAUGGAGGAAAUGUUUUAGAGGUUGUUAAGUUGGUCUAUUUAUUUUUAUUAGUUUUUCUAGCAGUGAAGUACAUAAACAAAAUUUUAAGUUGUAUUGA